AUGAUCUCAAGCAGAGCAUUCCAAUACUGUAUUGCCAUUGCGGUAGGCGUUGGUACAGGUGUCUAUGUUUUCAAGCCUUUGUUAAGAGAAUACGAACAGGAUACGAAUGGUACAUGGUUAACACCUGGCGAUGAGCAACGCUUGAGAGACAUGCAAGAAAAGAGGCAACAUAAUAACAAACUCUAG